AAAUUGACUUCCGGUUGUGGCGCCGCGGCUUUGCGCUGGAGAGGAGAGAGGAGCCCCGUCAGAGGACCAGGGAGAGCGCGGUGAGGAAUCCCAGCAGUCCCCUGGAGAGAGGGAGAGCCGGACCGGCUGGACCCCUCCCCGCCGCCGGAGGAGGACCGGAAAGAGACCCACGUUGCAGCGGGAGAGGCCUCGGUGCAGGGCUGCAGGAUGUUCACCUCCGUGAAGGCCUUUGAGGGGCAGCAGUACUCCACCCUAAAGAGGCAGUGCUUGCAGAGUGGCCUCCUCUUUGAGGACCCUCGUUUCCCCACCACCGACGACGCGCUCUUUCACCAGGGCAACAGGAUCGGACGUGUCGUCUGGAAAAGACCUCGGGAGCUGUGUGAAGACCCUCACCUGUUUGUAGAUGGCAUCAGUGCACAUGACUUACACCAGGGGCAGCUGGGCAACUGCUGGUUUGUCGCAGCGUGUUCAAGUCUGGCAUCCAGAGAGUCUUUGUGGCAAAAGGUCAUUCCAGACUGGAAGGAGCAGGAGUGGGACACAGAAAAGCCUGACUCAUACGCGGGGAUUUUCCACUUCCGCUUCUGGCGCUUUGGCGAGUGGGUGGAUGUGGUGAUUGACGACCGGCUACCGACAGUGGACAACCAGCUCGUCUACUGCCACUCCAAUGAUAGCAACGAGUUCUGGAGCGCCCUGGUGGAAAAGGCCUACGCCAAGGUUUACGGCUGCUACGAGGCUCUGGAUGGGGGAAACACAGCUGACGCGCUGGUGGAUUUCACGGGUGGAGUUUCUGAGCCUGUGGACCUGCUGGAGGGUCAGAUGGCUACAGAUGAGGCGGCUCGCAGUCAGCUGUUUGAGAGAGUUCUCAAGGUCCACAACAGAGACGGCCUCAUCAGCUGCUCCAUCAGGGCAACCACGGUGGAGGACAUGGAGGCCCGGCUGGACUGCGGUCUGGUCAAAGGUCAUGCCUACGCCGUGACGGAUGUCCGAAAGGUCCGGCUGGGUCACGGACUGCUGGCCUUCUUCAAGUCGGAGAAGCUGCACAUGAUCCGCAUGAGGAACCCGUGGGGGGAGAAGGAGUGGAGCGGUCCUUGGAGUGACAGCUCAGAGGAGUGGAACAAGGUGAGCAAGAGUGAAAGAGAGAAGUUGGGCGUCACCGUGCAGGAUGAUGGCGAGUUCUGGAUGACGUUUGAUGAUUUCUGUCAGUACUUCACUGACCUCAUUCUUUGCCGCCUCAUCAACACCUCCUACUUGAGCAUCCACAAGACCUGGGAGGAGGAGGUGAUGAGGGGCUCCUGGGUCCACCGUCAGGAUCCCCUUCGUAACCGAUCAGGAGGCUGCAUCAAUCACAAAACUACCUUCCUGCAGAACCCACAGUAUGUGUUUGAUGUGAAGAAGUUGGAAGACGAGGUGCUGAUCUGCUUACAACAAAAAGAGAAGCGAGCUACGCCCCAGGAAGGCAAAGGGGAAAAUCUCGCUAUAGGCUUUGACAUUCACCAGGUUGAGCUGAAUCGGAAGUACCGUAUGCACACAGCCCAGCAGAAAGUAGCAGGUUCCAUUUACAUCAACUCGCGUUGUGUCUUCCUCAGGAAGGAGUUGAAGGAAGGCCGUUAUGUGAUCAUACCCACAACCUUUGACCCUGGGCAGCAGGGUGAAUUUCUGCUCCGUGUCUUCACUGAUGUGCCUUCAGACUGCAAAGAGUUGACUCUGGAUGAGCCUCCUCAGACAUGUUGGACGGGGAUGUGUGGCUACCCUCAGCUGGUCACUCAGGUCCAUGUACUGAAUGCUGAGGGACUUCAGGGACAGGACACCAAUGGAGCUGUAGAUUCCUACGUGAUAAUUUCUUGUGAAGGGGAGCGGGUACGUUCACCUGUUCAAAAGGACACACGUUGCCCAAACUUUGACAUCAAAGGCCUGUUUUAUCGCAAAAAGCCCAAGGAAGCCAUCCACAUCGAGAUCUGUUAAAAAGUCACCAUGGCAGCCUGUGUGUCUUCAACGUCGGCUACACAACGCAGCAAGUGUAAGUACCAAGAACCUGUCUUGACCACUUCAUGUAUGGUUUUGUACUUUAAACGGCUAAGCCAAAUCUGAUAUUUAAUUCACCAUAGCCAUUUGGGUCAUUGGAAACAGCUACAUGAGGCGUGGUGCCCAGAGAGCUGCAGAGACCCUCGGAGACAACCUUGGCCUCCCUGACAUCCGCGUCUCCUGGUUCGGUUGGGGCGGACUGAGGUGGAAAGACCUUCUCCCCUUCUUUUUCCACUCCCUGCGAGGAAGAGCAGCUCCUGAUGUCCUUCUCAUCCACUGUGGCGGCAAUGACAUGGGGGUGGUCAGCGGUGUGAAGCUGGUCAAUAUGAUGGAGGACCUGCACCAGCUUCACCUUCUACACCCUCAUAUGAUGUUCAUGUCAUCCAUCACCCAAAGGUGUAGAUGGAGGGCAGGUGUAAAACCUGCUAAAAUUCAGAAGGCCAGGAGGUUUGUCAACAGUGUUAUGGCUACAUUUAUUUCUAGCUUAAAUGGUGCAGUUGUUGUGCAUCCUCACAUCAGACAUGACAGUCCAGGGACAUUUUUGUCAGACAAAGUUCAUUUCACAAAUAGGGGAAAUUAUAUUUUUUUAACUAAUAUUGCCGAUUGUCUUAAUGGCCAGCUCCAAAAGCAGUGAAAGACUUCCAGGUGGGAGUCUCGCUGCUUUUGAAAUUUGCCUUUAGGACAGGUUUAUUUUCAGGCCAACAGGAUAAACAUAUCCUUGACUGUUAUAACUAAUAUGUUGUUGAUAUCAUUUAUCUAUAGCCAUAACACUGUUGACAACUCUGUUCUUCCUUCACAACCCAAUGUUCCACUCACUCUGCAGCUCUGUGGGCCCCUUUUAUUAUUUAAAGUUUUUUUUAAAUGUACUGACACUUUGUGUCCUGUUAUUUUAUAAAAUGUGAUGUAAAAAAUUAAUGUUUUUGCUCAAUUACUGGAAUUUCUUUGGUUAAGACAAAAAAGGAGGGAAGAAUCAUUCAUGCCAAGUUAUUUCUACAACAGGCCCAUUUUAAGUCCAACAGUUUCUUAGCAGCCAAUAGAAAUGUGUUCUUUACUAACUUUACUUGGUUUAAAAAUCUUAAUAAACUAAACCUUAGAGGCUCCCGUAAUGCAAAACCCAAUCAUACUUGUUAUGUAUCCAAGUAAAUAUUAGCUUUGUAGAUAUUUGUAGAUAUUUUUUACAGAUAGUGUUACAAGCCAAUUUACUGGGCUAGCUCCACUCUUCUAGAUUUUACUAAUAUCUCAGGGUUUGGCUUGUAAACGGUGUAGUGAAUGUGGCAUGCCAGUUUGCCAACAAACACUCUUACUCUGUAGAGAGUUGAUUAGCAAUCACCACAUUACCCAGAGCUUCUAACUCUGACCAAAAUUAGUUCAAGCAGACAAAGAGGAGGCACAAACACACCUACACACCCCCCCAGUCCAUGAAGCUUACCGUAAAUCCUCUAAUACAGGCCCGGGCCUGUAUUUUACUCAAGCUCAUCAAGCUCCAGGCCUUUAUUGGAAGGAGGACCAGAAUUAGAGGCAGGCCUCAAUUUCUAUUUGAGCAAAAUGAACUAAUGGUUCGCUGGAGUUUUUGACAAUUAAAAUUGCGCCCACAUUUUCAAAGUUAAACACAUUUCUUUUAACAACGGUAGUUUCUGCUUCAGCCCUCUCCCCCUCCCCCUGCGCAGCAGCCGCAAACUCACUGAUGCGCCUGCAGACUCUCUGAGUUCCUGCUGCUCUAACCAUUAAAAUAAUUAUUCCAUUUUCUGUUCCUCACUUCUGAUUACCUUCAAUUGUGUCAGUUUGUUGCAACCACCUGGUACAAAAACUAACUUGGUUUUAUUUGACUAUUUUUCUGUCCUGUCUGUUUAUCAUCUUCCUGCAUCUCCUCUCAAUCCUAAAGAAAAACUGCUACCUGGGUUCAUAUAUGGGUUUAUACCUUAUGGGUUACCUUUGAACUGCAGUUCUAAAAGAUCUACCGACCGCAAAAACAGCGGAGUGCGUGCUGCUCGCUGGCCGCAUCAGUUAGGUGCGUCACCGAAGGACAAAACAGGUGAUGCGCCCUGCUCCACGGCAGCAAAAAGCAUCAGGCACAAAUAAAAGACAGAAAACAUAAAAGGAAAUGAGCCGACAUGAACGAUCGCAUGUUAAAUUAGUUUUUGAGGUGGCGACACCUGAUUUGAUAAUGUUACUGUGGCCGUGCUCAGGAUGCAGAUGUCUGGAGUGGUGGUGAAGGGAAUGUUAAAUUGCAAGAGGUUAAACGUCACAAUUUGGUUAAAUGUCCGUUUUAUGGUGGGUGUCAGUACCGACGCUCUGGCACAGCGUGUUGCCGCCCGACGCGCAGGAGCUUGUCACCUGCUGACAGCAGGCUGCUGUCCUUUCCGAGGCCUGCAUCUUGCCGGUCAUUAUCACGUGACAGCGACUAGUCGAUGACAGGCAUAAAAAGUCACUAUAGAGCGGUGAAGUCGACUAGUGACUAGUUCAUACAACCCCUGCUACUGCUCCCCAGAGUGUUCUGCAGUAUAAUCAGCACGUUCUCUUUGAACUUGAUGUCAAAAUUUCGUCCCCUCUUUGUCUCCGCACCUGCCAUGGUUAAAGUUACCCUCGCGGUCUAUCACUGGCAAAUCAAAAGUAAGACGGAUGUCACAACCGCCCCCCUGUUGUACUUGCUUGUUACCACAUUCCACCCGGCCACAAUAAAAAAAAAACGGCCAUUAUUCACCUCCGCCGACUCCGACACCGGCCAAAAUGUGAUACCCGGUCGUUAAUUGAAUACAGGCCAAUAUUAGAGGAUUUACAGUAUGUACACUUCAGGUUAAGACCCUUGCCAGCUGUUCCUUUUAUGCUGAGGAGACAACUGACUUUACCUGUAGCCUAGGAUGGAGGAAACACUUAUAUCAAUACCUUGGGAUGGCAUUUGCAACCAGCAUCUCACCUUUGCUCGGUUACCGACAGGAGGAGACCCCACUCGUAAAUCCUUUUUUCGUUCCACGAAUCCGAAGAACUAGGUUUUAUUUCACACAGAUGAAAAAAGAAUAAUAAUCCAAAUGAAUCCCUGACAAAGCGGGUUAAAAAGUGAAACAACUCUUUGCCAAUAAACCGAUUUAUAGCAACGUUGAGCUGAAUAAGCUCUCCAAAAAUGACACUAGGUCACAUUAUCACAGACAAAAAGCUCAAAGCAAAAGCUUCCUUCUUUCCAUCUCUGUACCUCACACACUCUUCCCAUCAAAGUCCCACCUCCUAAAAACUCUCAAAAGCCUUUCUCCAAAAAGCUCAGUUGAUGACGGACUGACUCUCUCACUCAUCCCAUCAAGCGCAUUCCCUGAACAGACCCAAUAUCUUCCUUUUAUUCACUCUGUCCCCCCUCUCUCACAGUCAUUUCUUUGUUUGCUGCUUCAGACUUCAGACUUCCUGGUCACGUGUUCCUCUUCUUGUUACUUCUCCAGUGGCCCCAAAGAGACCAUAAAUCUUGAAUGUCAUGAUGUCACCUUUUCUUCUCCCAGUCUUUAUCCAUUCACUUGUUUCUUCUUCUCAGCGCCUCCUGCAGGCUUCCUUUCUUCUCCUUUGGGAUUACAUCACCUCCUCUCGUAGCCAUUGGUCAGUAGGGGGGACGUGGCAUGAUUACCCCUUCCUUUUCUUCUGCCCAGGAUCAAAUGGUCAUCUCCGGCAUUAGCUGGACAAGAUGUCUUAUUUAUAUGGUUAUAGCAUCUUGACCAACUCCACAGAGGAUAAAAGAUAACAUACAUGCUUACUCCCAACAUCUGUUCAGGUCAAAACAUGUUAUAUCCACAAGAUGAAUCGUUAGGCCAUAUCAGCAGAGUGAAGGCACAUCACUAAUUUACGACAUCACAGUUCAGGGGGCUAGAAGGCUGCCAUGGACAAACACACACACACAAACAUGAUAAGAGAAGGUAACAGGCCUUUAGCUUUGUUUCACACACACACGGAUACACCUUGCAGAGCCUAGAAUUGAUUUCACAUAGUGAGAGACAUAAUCCAGACUUAAUUCCAUACAUUAACAAGUCUGAUUAUACUCCAUACAACAGAUAUAUAUUUGUGUGCUAAAAAAAACCCAUAAACUUAAAUAAUUUGUCAUUCUUUAUUGAAAAACAACAAAAUACAGGUAUACAGAAAGUGUGGGAAAAUGAUAAUGUGAAAGUAUUGCUCUUUAAAUGUAAUACUAUUUAUCUUUAAAAAGAAAAACUCUAAAAAUGUCCUGUACAGCAACAUGAAAGAAUGGUGGUCUGUCUGUCAGAAUGUGCUGAACAGAUUUGCUCUAUCAAGAGGAGCCUUUUGUGUACGAGGUUCCCCUUGAAUAAAAAUUUAUGUUAUUGUAAUAUUGGUUUGGGUUAUGCUACAGAUAACUCAGCAAGGCCACAUCCAGAACUGGGCUGACAGUUCAUGGGCCACAGGACACAGGAAUCACUCAGCAAUUUCACCUGAAACAGAAUAAUUUAAAUUAGUAUCAAAUAGGGUUGUCACGGUAACCGGUGUAGAGGUAAACCCCGGUAAAAACGUUGACAAUAAUAAUAACCGUCUUGUUUUUAAAAAAAACUAUAUUAUCUCGGUGGGUUACCGUGGCUGCGGUGUAGGCACGGUGACCCUUACCAGCCAUCGUAUCAUCUGCCGAAGUUGCUGGCAGCACAUGCACACUUUGUUGUUUAC